AACCAUCCAACCAACCAACCAACCAACCAACUAAAAGACAGCCGGAAGCAGUGCACCAAAGUUCUGCAUCUCUCCUGUCAGUGCAUUAUCCUCAUUUUUGUCUGGUCGGAGGCAAUCUGUAUUCAUUUUCCAUUAUUUAUACUCCUGAAGCAGCGCCAAGAUGAAAACAUUCUGUCACUGGUCCCUCUGCUCCCUUGCCUUUUUGGUAGGCAGCGUUUCUGCCUUUGCCCCCCAAAACAGCAAGGCGCCGGUCUCUACUACAACACAACUGGGAGCCUCAGCUGGAGCCCUUGGGUGCCGCCCCAUUGGAAUUGGCUCUGCAGCCCCCAAGCAUGUUGUCACGAAUGUUGACCUAGAAAAGGUUGUGGAAACAUCAGAUGAGUGGAUUCGAACACGGACAGGUAUUUCCAAGCGCCAUCUUUUGCUAGAUGGAGAGGAUCUUCGAAGUUUGGGUGCCGAGGCAGCCAAAAAUGCCAUUGACAUGGCGGGAAUUAAAGUAGAGGAUAUAGAUCUGGUAAUUGUUGCCACUUCCUCAGCAGAUGACAUGUUUGGAGAUGCCCCAUCCAUUGCCCAGGAAAUUGGAUGUGGUACCAACACUGUGGCAUUCGAUUUGACAGCUGCCUGCUCUGGAUUCCUGUUUUCCACGGUCACGGCAGGAAAAUUCUUGUCAGGAGGUGGAUUCAAGAAUGCUGUGGUCAUUGGGGCCGAUGCUCUGUCUCGAUGGGUGGACUGGGAUGACAGGAAUACCUGCAUUUUGUUUGGAGAUGGAGCUGGUGCUAUGGUCCUUACCACUGAUGAAGAUUCCCCUGGAAUUUUGGGUUAUGCUGCCCAUUCCAAUGGAGGGGGAUACCAGGAUCUGAAGCUAGGAUAUGAGGGAUCUCCACGUCACGUAGCCACCCCAGGAGAAGGAACCACGGUCAGCAGUGGUUCUUUUGGGAAAAUCGGCAUGAACGGAAAAGAAGUGUACAAAUUUGCCACUCGAGAAGUCCCCGCGGUCCUCCAAGAGGCUCUGGAUUCAGCAGGCAUGACAAUUGACGAUGUUGAUCACCUGCUCCUUCAUCAGGCCAACAUUCGAAUCAUGGAAACUGUGGCAAAGCGACUUGGCAUUUCAAUGGACAAGGUUAUUGCCAAUCUGGACGAGUAUGGAAACACAAGUGCCGCCUCUAUCCCAUUGGCGUUCGAUGAAGCAGUAAGAUCAGGCAGAGUUAAGAACGGCGAUGUCGUUGCAUGCGCCGGAUUCGGUGCUGGUCUCUCCUGGGGAGCAGCAAUCUUCAAGUGGAACUAGCUUUCUGGCCAAGAAGGCGAGCAAUUUCAAGCUCUCACUCCUCGCUAAUUCCGUCCGUACAGACUAAAUUGCGCGCUAGUAGACUUCAUCUAUUCACAUGUACAAAUAAACGGCUUCUGGUUCAGUUCUACUAGAGCGAAAGGUUUCACAUACCGUUACAUCGUGCCACUCCAGGAGAACACGAGAACACUGCCACCUUUUGAAACUAUUCAUGCGGUGACCAUAUCAAUGGAACUGUACACCGGGACAGCGAGUUGUUGUACUGGUAUCCACACCUUGUGAAGAAGCGACAUUAGAGAGUUGCUGGAUUCUAAGGGUCUGAGGUCGAUGGUGGUGGCUCACUUGGAAGCCCUGAUCGUCAACUCUGUCCGUUCGUGGCACUUCGACGACGGCAUUUGAAAAGAUAUCGGAGUGACUUGCGGCUUGAACGUUGAUUGCUACAGCUUAUGAUGCAUGCAUUUACUUGAUUGAAUUCGUCACUAUCACGGUCCUGGCAUCUUCAUCUUCUAAAACGCUGCGUGCCACACAGUCCUGGCUUGUACCAUGGUACCAACGGGCAUGCGAAAAGGAUGGCAAGAAAAAUGGCCACGGACCGUGCACAAAAUGUUUGGACCUAUCUCUCGCAACCUCAAAUUGAACCUGUACAAUGUAC